AUGGUGGUACAAAGAGGAACGCGCAUAGGGCCGUUGCCUGGGGGUCGCCGGGGCGCGUCUGGAGCUGGCGCUGGACGCGGCAGCAUGCGGGCCGCCAGCCGAACGCGAGGAGCUGUACUAUCACCUAGCAGCCCUCCGCAUCCAUCAUCCCCACCAGAAGGCUUGGUGUCGGCUGGGUCUUCUCGGACUCAGCAAGCGGCACCCGCCGCUGGUGGAGCACGUCGCAUGCGUUGGUCACAAACAAUGAACGCAAACGCACUGCGGGCUUACUUUAGGGCAAAAGGGGAAGAAACCGGAUGUUUGGCAUAUCGGGCUCGGAUGCAUCUCUUUUUUGCAGAGCUGGAGCCAUCUCUAUCCGUCACUGAGCAAAACCUGGCAGACCGAGUUCGGUACAUCCUGCGCUCCAACAUAUUUGGUGACGCCGAACUCGAACAACUACGAUGUGAGGCUGUUCCCUCAUCGGAUGGAAAUGCUACGGCCGGGAAUGCGGCGCCACUAAUUGCGCAGCAAACUGCAAAUGUGGACGCUGCCGUCAAUAUUCCAUUUGUGGUUAAUUCAGACGAUGAUGGAAUAGUCCCCCACGAACUAGAGAAAAUGAGAAGCAUAUUGGAAGAGUCGAUUCUGGAAACGCACAGCAUGCCUUUCGAAAAUCGACCGCGACUUCCCCGCAUACCCCUUAGCAAGCGAAAUCGGGCUGUCGAGCGGGCUCUUAACCCAAUGCUGGUGACUAUUUGGAAGCCAGCCGGGACCUUUGCGAGACGGACUCAAUUCUUUUUUGGCGCCGCACUGGCAGUAUGCCGUAUUAUUGGCGCCAAACUUCCCACUUCCACUGCACGUGCUACUCAACAAGGUAGUGCCAUCCCAGCCUGGAGAAAAAGAAUCGAGGACCGUAUCGCAAAGGCAAGGGCCCUUAUCGUCAGACUGACAAGCUUCAGGUCGGGUAAUAAUAGACCGAGAGUUGUGCGCACCGUUAGAAUGGCGUUUGCUGGGACAAAUAUUAGUUUGUCCCAGCCGAAUAUCACGCAGAAACUAACGGAGCACAUAGAUGACCUGAAGCAGAGAAUCGCUGCUUGGGGAAAGCGAAUUCGGCGAUAUACCGAGAGGUCGACACGGUUCAACCAGAAUCGUCUCUUCCAGAGUGAUCAGAAGAGGCUCUAUAAAUCAUUGGAGCGACCAGAGGUAUGUGGAGCGGGCCCAGGACCGGAUCAGGCUGACACUGUCGCAUUUUGGCGUGGCCUGUGGUCAGAGCCCGUAAACCACAGCGAGGGCCCUUGGAUGGAAGUUGUGGCGAGCCAGAGUGCAAGUGUUACGCCUAUGGACUUCGUCACCAUAACGCCUGAAGACGUGGCUGAGGCGGUCCGUAGGGCCCCGAACUGGAAAAGUCCGGGGCUCGACGGGCUGCAUCAUUACUGGCUGAAGGGGUUCGUAGUGUGUCACGCUGUGCUCGCCCGACAGUAUCAAGAGGCUCUCGAUCAGAAGUCGCUCCCGAGCCUCUUCACUACUGGGAUGACUCACUUGGUUCCUAAAGAUCAGGAUACCACAGACCCGAGCAAAUACAGCCCCAUCACGAUGGCACCGUCGACGUCUGUCGACGCUUGUCGAGCGGCAGACCGAGUUCGGUAUAUCUUGCGCUCAAAUAUAUUUGAUGUCGCCGAACUCGAAGGGCUACGACGUGAAGCUGUUCCCUCAUGGGAUGAAAAUGCUACGGCUGAGGAUGCGGCGCCACAAAUUGUAGAGCAACCCGCAAACGCGGAUGCCGCCGUGAAUAACCCAGUUGUGGUUGAUUCGAACGAUGAUGGAACAGUCGCCCAGGAACUGGAAUUAGAGCAUAUGAGGAGUAUAUUGGAAGAGGCGAUUGUGAAAACGCGCACUACGCCUCCCGAAAGUCGACCGCGACUUCCCCGCAUAGCCCUAAGCAAGCAGAAUCGGGCUGUCGUGAGGGCUCUGAACCCAAUGCUGGUGACCUAUUUGGAACCGCAAUCCUUUUUUUGGCACCGCGUUGGCAGUCUGCCGUAUCAUAGGCGCCAAGGUUUCCACGGCUGGACGCACUACUGGCCAAAGUAG